AUGGCGACAAUAUCCACUUUACCAGAGUUAAAAGUAGCCCUGGUGACCAGACACCCAAUACAGCCAAAUCCGUUUAUUCAGGCCCUCAGCUUCACCAUGUUGUCUCAGGGAUGUGGCUGGAGCAAAACAGGACAAUGUGGCUACCUGUGGAACAGGAAGAGAGAACUAGCUACAGCAUAUUAUUUAACACAUGGUUAUCAUAUCAAGAAAGUCUUCAAAAACUCUGAUGCCAAUAGGCUACUUCUGGCAAUGGUGGGAUAUGGAAUUUUUGCAAAAAAAAAAUUGGGUGGAAGUAAAAAGGCAUCUGUAAAAGUUGAUUCUAAACAGCCGGUCCUGCACCUGGGGUACAGAGUACAAGGCUUGAGCUCGAACACCUGUGUAACAUCACCUUUAUCAGAAAACUUCCCAACCAGAUCCAGAAAUCAUUCCUAUGACCUGACCUGUGUUCACACAGAGCUCCAGAACAAGACCAAGCUGACAGUGCUGGAAGGAGACAUUCUGGAUGAGCCAUUUCUGAAGAGAGCCUGCCAGGACGUCUCGGUCGUCAUCCACACUUCCUGUAUCAUUGAUGUCUUCGGUGUCCCUCACAGAGAGUCCAUCAUGAACGUCAAUGUGAACGGUACGGUGGCCUGGGGAGGAGAUGGACCAAGGUGGGGAAAUGAGGAUCAGAAAGAAGGGCAGGAAGGAAAGAGAAGUCUCUCCACUGAACACCUGCUGUGCUCUGGGCCAAGUGCCUUUGCUGAUCACUACCAACUGGGGGAACUCAAGGCUGCUAUUUUCAGUUUCAUAGAUGAGAAUACUAGGACUGAGCAAAGACAAGCAACUUGUCCAAAGUCCCACAGGUAAGUAAGUAAGUAAGUAGGAGAGUUCGACUUUAAACUCACUCCUGUGUGACUCCAAAGGCUGUGAAAGCUCUUUCUAAUGUGGCCCCAGUCAAAAGUCAAUUAAUCUCUGACUUCAGACUCUUGAAAUCCAGUUACCCCUUGGCUCCCCAGCCCAGAAUCAGACCUUCCAGGUGUUACCAUAGUCAUCAUUUUGAACCUUGUGUGCAGGCUGAUGAGAACAUUCAGAGUCCUCCUGCUCACCUCCAAGAAGAAGUCCUCUCAAGAGAACUAGCAAAGCUGGUUCACAGAGGUCUGUCAGGACAGAAUUAUCUAGCACACACCUUCCCACAAUAUUUUUUUAACAAUAAGAGUUUCCCAGUGUACCAGAAUGCAAUCUGUUCAGCUCACCACAGGGUCUGCUAUUACAUUGCUGUUUCCAGCCAUGUGCCCAAAGUGCACCCUCAUUCAAUCCUCAUCCCUUAAAUGCUUGGUGGCCUUUCUGAAUUGUCACUUUCCAACCUACUUUAAAUUCAGACACAUUUCCUUAAGGAAUCUUCUAAUGCACUCUCACUCUCUGAUCUCCAGAGCCUCUUCAGCACCACAGCACCCCAACCCCCGGCCU